UCCGUCCCGCCCGUCUCGGCGGCGCUGGCCCGCAGCUGACGUUGGACAACAAAGAUGGCGGCGGGGAGCAGCAACUACUGGGAAGAUCUCAGGAAACAGGCGAGGCAGCUGGAGAACGAGCUGGACCUGAAGCUGGUCUCCUUCAGCAAGCUCUGCACCAGCUACAGCAGCGGCCGAGACGGAAGGCGCGACAGGUAUAGCUCUGACACAACUCCUCUCUUAAAUGGAUCAAGCCAGGACAGAAUGUUUGAGACCAUGGCCGUGGAGAUUGAACAACUUCUGGGAAAGCUCACUGGGAUAAAUGACAAAAUGGCAGAGUACACCAACAGUGCGGGCGUGCCGUCCCUGAAUGCGGCGCUGAUGCACACGCUGCAGCGCCACAGAGACAUCCUGCAGGAUUAUACACACGAAUUCCACAAAACCAAAGCGAACUUCUUGGCAAUAAGAGAAAGGGAGAAUCUGUUGGGAUCGGUACGGAAAGAUAUCGAGUCAUAUAAAAGCGGGUCUGGCGUGAACAACAGAAGAACAGAACUGUUCCUGAAGGAGCACGAACACCUUCGAAACUCAGAUCGACUGAUAGAAGAAACAAUAAGCAUUGCCAUGGCAACUAAAGAAAAUAUGACUUCGCAGAGGGGGAUGUUGAAGUCAAUACAAAGCAAGAUGAAUACCUUGGCUAACCGGUUUCCAGCGGUGAACAGCCUGAUUCAAAGGAUCAACCUUCGGAAACGACGAGAUUCCCUCAUUUUGGGCGGCGUUAUCGGUGUCUGUACCAUCUUACUGCUCUUAUAUGCUUUCCAUUGAUGGAUGUUUCCCCCCUGGACUCUGCUAAAACUCAUCACCACCUUCCCUCCUCCCAGUCAAGGAAAAGUGAGUGGGGGAAGCGACAGACUUCCACAGCCUGCUCUCCAUGGCUGGGACUGUCAGCAUGAUGUCUAGAGCUUAUGAUGGUAGACUGUGACACUGGGUUUGGGCUGAAGCUGCAGUGUUUCUCCUUCCCUGCCACACACAUCUUUGGUUAAAUUUGGUGGGAUUUGUUUGUCUUUAGUUCCCUUUCUCCCUGCAAGGUAAGUAAAUACAGGACGCUCACCAGAACUGGCAGAACAGUUUGAGUGCUCAGCGGUGCUGAGGAGAUCCGGUGCUGGCUGGUGAGUGGAAAAGGAUUGUUGUUAAAUUUGCCUUGGGUGGAAACAGCAGGAAGCCUGUUUCCCUGAAAUCCAAUCCCAGUACUGAACACUAUCACCCUGAGAGAAGAAUAUUGCAGCUUUAAGCCGUCAGGUUGCUUUACUACUAAAUACAUGUUUCUGUAAUUCUUUAUAACUCCUGGUUGAGAUUCUGGUUAUUUCUGCAUAAUCCGUGCUGUGAAAACUGUGCUUCACACAAAUUCCUCGAAGUUAAAAAAAGAAGGGUUGUUACAUUCUUUUUUUUUUUUUUUUUUUGCACAGAAUAUGAAUAAAGUACCCUCUGAGGGGAGAUCAUAAGGUUUCUUGUGGCUUUAAAGGGACUGACAAGUCCCCCUUUGUGAAAAGGGAGCACAGUGACCAAGCAGCUGUUUACCCUGGUGUUCAGUCAUCUGAAAAGUGACCAAACAUGAGUUCACCUAAAGAUAUCUUUGGGGUGUAAAUACUUUGAUUUUGGCUGGUGUCAUAAAGGUCUUUAUAAAGACACGAUGCAAAGUCUAUAUUGUAAUUUAGGUAAAGUUGUUCUGAUAACGCUGAUAUUUUUACACUGUAAGAAGGAUAUAAUCUGAACUGUCAAUUGGAAAUGAAAAUUAUGAUGGUUAUACCUGAGGCAAACAUAUCUUUGUGCAAAGGGUUUGGACAUAACUCCUCCUAGUAAAGAGUUGAAUGUAUGAACAGUGAAACAAGUAUUACUUACCAUUACCUGGGGAAGAAAACAUGUUUUUUGGUCCAGACCUGCAAAAAGAUUCCUGCUGUGUUCGUGUCCCUAAAGAAAGGUGACGUCAGGAGUGGCUCUGACGUUGCAGAUUCCCCAGUUAACGGAUUUUUCUGCUCUUUCAACAGCACUUUUCCAUCUCUCAUAUCAUAACCCAAUGAAUUCAGGCCGAGGCACUGAAAUAUCUUUCUAAGAACUUGAUUAACUCUUUUUCACAAUCCACUGACAGUGCUCCUAACAGAUUCCAUGUUUGCCAUCACCCACAAAUGUCACACAGUGUCUGUGUUCUCCUCUGGAACAGAGUCCAGCGGGACAGAUGCAAUUUUUUACUGCAUUUUAUAGUGUCAGUGAGUACCUGUUGGGGGGAGUAGAAACUUGUGCCUGUGUAGUGUGUAAAACCACACUGUUACACCCAGAAUGUUUGGAUUUGGAGGCUUCUUUGCAGACUAAUAACUCUGUGCUAAAAAGUCAACAAAGGCUUCUAAUCAGUCAUCCUAUCGUUGGGAUUAGGAAGCAUUUGGAAUUAAUACAUGUAAAACUGUGGGGCUUAUAUUUUAAAUAAAGGGUGAUUAUUUGGUUGAUUUGGGAGUGUUCCUGCUUGGAGCUGAAGUGUUUAUUAAAGGGGUUUAUGAAAGAGCUCGAUGGAUAAAGGAGGUUUAUUGCUGGAUCUGCGUGUUGGGAGAUCAAAUCUUUUCUCCCUGAUGCCUUUUCUUUGAUUCCUCCUCCACCCCAAGGGACCCUGAUCAGCACUUGUGCAUCUGUUUAGGAUUUGUAGGAUUUGGUUGCUGUACAGUCGGCAAUAUAAGAUCUGCAGUACCGGAAAUAAGUUCAUUUAUUUAAUCUUAUAACAAGUCUUUUUACUGGACUUAACUGAUUAUUUGGUGCAUAUAUUUAAUCUUAUUGUGUGAAAAAGCUGCUAUGGGAAAUAUGUAGAUUAUAAUAAAUAUGUAAACAUAAUUGAUUUUUCAUGUUAUGAAAAUGUUACGGAGGAACUGAUAUAUUUUAGUAUAAAAUAAUGGAAAUGUGCUGAAUUAUCUCUGAUAAAGCUUUACUGGAAAUGGUUUCGGUGUUGGCAGCCCCUCCAUGGUUUUUAUUUGUGUUGGUUUUGAGUCAGUUUUGUGUUGAAAAGACAUUUAAUUACCCUUGGAGUUUUCCCUUCAUCAUCAUGUUGUAGUCCCCUGGCAGUGUGAGCGGGUGUUGUGCUGUGCUCCCUGGAGUGUGUGUUUGCAUCUGGCUGAGGCAAAGACUUGCUAAUUCAGGAGGAUCAGCCUAAUAACUCAUCUCUAAUAUCCUGGACCUGUGGUCGGAGCAAUGGGCUGGAAAAUGAAAACAAUGGAUUUUAUAGUAUUUAAUCUCAAAUCCCAAAAUAUAGGUUUGUGUGUCUCCUGUUGCUAAAUAUGUGUCCUCCAAGUUUUUCAUUCUGUGUGGUUCCUCUUGCUCUAAGGGGAAAAAAAAAAGAUGUGGUUAAAGAAUUCUCAUUUCUGCAAUUCCUGCCAGAGCGGCAGUUUCGUAAC